AUGUUCGGAAGACCGAAGUUUACCAGCUUGGCGGAACAAAUCUCCCAAAUACCGAAGGGUUUAUUUCGCUCUGAAGCUCUUCUCAACGGCACCUGGAGAAACUUGCCUCAGAAGUUUUCAGUCGCCCACCCAAAUAGUGGAGAAAAUAUUGCUAACGUGUCGAAUUGCCAGGUUGAUCAAGUGCGAGAAGCAGUGGAAGCUUCAAAAGAGGGAUUCGAACUGUGGAAGGCAAAGACGGCUAAAGAGCGCGCUUCUAUAGUCAAUAAAUGGGGCUCUCUAAUCGAUGAAAAUCAAGAGUCGCUUGCAAAGUUGAUAACGUUGGAAGGAGGAAAGCCGAUUUUCGAGAGUAGAGGAGAGGUUGGUUAUGCUUCGUCUUUUUGCGAAUGGAGUGCAGCGGAAGGCCGCCGACUUGGCUCUGGAUCUGUUCCCUCGCCCUUCGCAGAUAAACGAAUUUUAACGCUAAAGCAACCUAUCGGCGUUGUGGGAAUGAUAACUCCUUGGAAUUUCCCAGCGGCGAUGGUCACCCGUAAAGCGGCUCCUGCACUAGCCGUGGGCUGUCCUGUUAUUCUCAAGCCUUCUGAAGACACGCCUCUCACCGCACUAGCUCUUGGAGAACUUGCUCUACAAGCUGGCGUUCCUCCGGAGUGUUUUCAUGUUCUCCCUGCUUGCCGCGAUGAAACACCUUCUAUUGGGAAAGCUAUCUGCGAGCAUCCAGAUAUUCGAGCAAUUUCCUUUACAGGAUCGACUCAAGUCGGCGAAAUUUUGCUAAGGCAAUCGGCAUCCACCGUCAAGAAGGUUUCAUUAGAACUAGGAGGCCUGGCGCCCUUCAUCGUCUUUGACAGUGCAGAUUUGUCUGUCGCUGCCAAAGCUCUUAUAGCAGCAAAAUUCAGAAAUACGGGUCAAACGUGUAUUGCUGCCAAUAACGUUUUUGUACAGAAUUCUGUGAUGAGUAAUUUUAUCGAGGCGUUCAAGUUAGAAAUGUCUCGCCUGAAAUUGGGGGAUGUAUUCGACAGCUCAACUACAGUCGGUUGUUUGAUUAAUUCCCGUGGUGCAGUAAAAGUCUCGCAACUUGUAACCGACGCGAUCGAAAAGGGAGCGACGAUACAAAUGGGCGGUUCUGCGAUUGAUGAGACUCAUUUUGAACCGACUCUUUUAACUGACGUCCCAAGCGAUUCCAAGUGUUUCUCAUCGGAAGUAUUUGGUCCUUUAUGUGCUAUUCGUGGUUUCGACUCCGAGGAGGAAGUUUUGGCAAGCGCUAACGCAUCUGAAUUUGGCCUCGCUGGAUAUUUCUUUAGUACAGAUCAACGACAAUGCUUUCGAGUUGCCGAGAAACUCGAAGUUGGAAUGGUUGGUAUCAAUACAGCGGUCACCGGGGCUCAAGUGACCCCGGAACUUUUUAAAUGGCCGACGAAUGAUAUGAAAUCAGAGCCUCUUCCACCUCUUCCAAAAGAUGAUAUUGUUGUGCCUGAUGUUUGGCCAGAAGGGCAAAACUACGUUGACGGAAUCGGUCAUCCUGAGCCCAUCAAGCCUAUUCGUGGCCGAGUUAAUCCGAUGGACACGAUUGCCGCCGCCCAUAGAAUGAUCAGAGCUGCCAAAUUGUCACCAGAAAAAUCAGCCGGUCUUCGAAUGGCCGAAAAAUUUGUCAAGGAAUAUCUUCAAGAACUUGAUGAAGAAGUAGCACUGAACCCUUUUGCUCAAACCAGAAGCGAGUUUGAACUUGAAAUGGCUGCUCAGAGAUCGCUUAACUUCACUCGUUCUACUGGAGAAGAAGCUGACAAGUGCGAUCCGCGACUUCAUUCGUUCGAUGGUACCUGUAAUCACCCUCAGAAUAAGGGUUCUGUCCUUACGCCUUACAUUCGAUGGGCGCCGGCGAACUAUUGUAAUGAUCGGGAUACAAAUCGUUGCACAACAUUCAAAACAGAACUAACUAAUCCCCGAAUCGUUUCUCUUUUCGGGCAAAUGGGUCAAAUAGAAACGAACCCUUUUCACACGAGGCUGAUGAUUGAUUGGGGUCAAUUUUUAACCCAUAAUAUCAUGCAGACACCAGACCUGCAAGGAGAUGGAGACUCAAUUUGUAACUCUUGUACCAAAAAAGAUGAAUGUUUUACAAUUCCCAUUGGCAGAGAAACAAGCGAGCCGAUCAUGUUUUCUUUCAAGUGUAUGUUUAUCACUAAAUCGACUGGUGGUCUCCUCCAGCAAGACGGAAAACUCGUCAAAGAACAAUUCAAUCAACUUCCGUCAUUUGUUGACCUUUCUGGAGUUUAUGGGCAAUCCGAAAGACAGGCAGAACAACUUCGGGAUCCCGCUGAUAGAACUAUGCUCAAAGUGAAAAACUCACCCUCUCAAGGAACCAUGCUUCCAAACAACCUUGACGAAAAUUUUAGCGAUGAUGAGUUGACUCUGAAAAGAUUCGAGCCACCAGAGUUUUUAAACGAGAAGAAACUGCCAUUUCCGAUUGCAGGUGACACCCGAUGCGCUGAAAACCCCAUGUUAACAUCUCUUCACACGGCCUUCCUCCGCAUGCACAAUAAACUUGCUGCUGGCCUCAAGGGUGUCAUGGAAGACGCAACGGAAGAUGAAAUCUUCAUGGAAGCUCGUCAAAUAAACAUUGCCGUGUUCCAACAUAUUUCUUUUACUGAAUUCAUGCCAUUGGUAAUUGGAAACAACAUCUUCGACACUCCUGAUCUUUUCCCCCUUCCUCCAGGGCAACAAAUGGGGAGAGUCAACGACGAUAAUGCAGAUAACAACCCCGAAAAUGCAAAAUUCGGCUUCGACGGCUUUCCAAGCAAAACUGACCCUUCAAUUCGAAACGAGUUUGGGGCUGCUCUUUUCCGUUGGGGACAUUCGAUGCAAAGAUCUGAAAUUUUCGCCAUAAAUGAAAUGGGAACACGAAUCAAAACGGCAUUCUUGCGAGAUAACUUCUUUGAUCCACAAAUUCUAUCUGAGGCAUCGGGAGUAACACCAGGACAACUUAUCCGAGCAGCUGCGCGUGAACAACCGAUGAAAAUGAGCUCUAAAUGGGUUGAGGAUACCGUUCACAUGUUCUUCAAGCCUAAUUUUGCAGCUCAUGGAAUAGAUCUUCAAGCAAUUAAUAUCAUGAGAGGUCGAGACCACGGCCUUGCCUCUUACACGGAAGUAAGGGACCGAUGUAUGCAGCAUGGGCUGUAUAAAAAAUUCUAUAAUGCCAGAACUGCGAGAGAAGUUAGGAUGACACGAUUGUGGCCGGUUAUUAUUUCACAAAUGUACAGUAACCAAGAAAAAGAUGUUGAUUUAUACGUCGGUAUGCUCAAUGAAGUACCACAGAAAGGAGCUAUUGCUGGACCCACUGCUAUCUGUGUUAAUCUUGACCAGUUCAUUGCUCUUAAGCACGGUGAUCGCAAAUACUACGAAAGAGAAGGACAGUUUACUGUCGCUCAGUUAGACGAGAUUAGAAAAUUUGGAACACUCUCGGGAUUCUUGUGCCACGCUCUUCAAGAAGACGACUUGCAGACUAUUCAACGAUUCCCAUUUGUGCAAGCGAAUCAAGCUUUCUUCGCGUGCUGCCACAACUCCAACCACAACUACAUCAACCACCACUACAUCAACUACUACGACUUCCACUACAACGAGUACCACUUCUACAACCACGACGACAACGACUACGACUACAACCACAACAACAUCAACCUCAACCACGCCAACAACAACGACAACGACCACGACAACUACUACCACUACGACCACUACGACCACCACGACAACAACUACGACAACAACCACGACAACAACCACGACAACCACGACUACUACUACAACUACAACCACAACCACGACAACAACUACGACAACGACCACGACAACUACUACCACUACGACCACAACGACCACUACGACCACAACGACCACCACGACAACAACUACGACAACAACCACGACAACCACGACUACUACUACAACUACGACCACGACGACUACUACCACUACGACCACUACGACUACUACCACUACGACCACUACGACCACCACAACAACCACGACAACGACUACGACAACAACUACGACGACAACAACUACGACCACGACGACUACUACCACUACGACCACUACGACUACUACCACUACGACCACUACGACCACCACAACAACCACGACAACGACUACGACAACAACUACGACAACAACCACGACAACCACGACGACAACUACAACUACGACCACGACUACUACAACAACCACGACUACGACAACAACCACGACGACAACAACAACUACGACAACAACCACGACGACAACAACGACUACGACAACAACCACGACUACGACAACAACCACGACUACGACAACAACCACGACAACAACUACUUCUACAACUACUUCUACAACUACUACCACAACAUCGACGAGCACAACAACGCCAACUGA